CCAAAAGAUCUCAAAUCUUAACCACAUCUCCAACAAGACCUUGGUAAUUCCUCCAUACUUGUUGUCUUAUGCCGUUUAAGCCUCAAUGCUCAUCUCAACCUUAGCCACACCCGAAAUCUUACCAUAAAAGCCCAAACUUUAAACAAUAAAAGCAGCUCAUGGUCCACUUUGCAACAUUUUGAUGGGUGCUUUGAAAACCUUGUUUGCAAACAGUAAAUUUUCAGUGAAACUACCAUUCACAAAUCCACAACAGAAAGCCCCCAACACACCGGCUCACAAAAUUUCUGUCAGACACCUAACUCGGAGACACAGAACCUGAGCUGACAACCCAUCAAUUCUCCAACCUCCCAUUUGCAAUGGCUCUAUUUUUAUCAGCAUCAACAUCACCAUUAACAUCAAAUUUGUCUCUUGGAAAGACCCGCUUCAGAUUUUCACCAAAACAUGGCCGCCCCUCCAUUGCCCAAAGCAUUCAACCCCCAUUCAAUUCAAAUGCAGACUUAAAUUUCCGAACUUUGUCCCCUUUAAACCCUCGUUUGGCAAAUUCACCGCUUUCUCACGCUGCAACAAGAGUUUCUUCACAUGGGUUUCUUGAUAAAGAUGAGAAAGAUGAUAUUUUGCCAGUCUUUGAGGAACGGCCAGUCAAAUUUGUCUUUUGGGUUUUGGUUUGGGCCUCUGUGUCCCUUGCUUUGUUCGCAGCUUCUGGGGAUGCUAAUGCCGCAGCAGCUGCUGCAGCUGAUUCCAUUAGAGCCUCCAGUUUUGGCCUGAAGAUUGCGAGUGCGCUUCGAGGCUCAGGCUGGCCUGAUGAGGCUGUGGUAUUUGCCCUGGCUACGCUUCCUGUGAUUGAGCUUCGUGGGGCUAUUCCUGUUGGUUACUGGCUGCAACUCAAGCCUGUUAUGCUAACCGUUCUAUCCGUUCUGGGGAACAUGGUUCCUGUGCCCUUCAUCAUACUUUACUUGAAGAGAUUUGCAUCUUUCCUUGCUGGAAAGAACAAGGCCGCAGCUCGGUUCCUAGACAUACUGUUUGUGAGAGCCAAAGAGAAAGCUGGCCCUGUAGAGGAGUUCCAAUGGCUUGGUCUGAUGUUGUUUGUGGCUGUGCCUUUCCCUGGAACAGGAGCAUGGACAGGAGCCAUCAUAGCUUCCAUUCUUGAUAUGCCAUUCUGGGCAGCAGUGUCUGCAAAUUUCUUUGGUGUUUUAUUGGCUGGGCUUCUAGUAAAUUUGCUGGUGAACCUUGGUCUCAAAUAUGCAAUUAUCACUGGUAUUAUCCUCUUCAUUAUAUCCACAUUCAUGUGGAGCAUCCUUCGGAACCUUAGGAAGUCUUUAAGCUCAUCAAGCUUAUAUGACAUUGGAAAUUCUUGAAGUAAUCCAAUCCUCACAAGGGUUAACUAAUGAUCUUUGAAUUUUGAGAUUGUAUGCUUUUGCUACUCACUUUCUACAUGUUUAUCCGUAUCAAUUCAUAUUUUGACUCAAUACACAACAUUUCUGUAGAAGAUGUAUGAAUGCUUUGUGAUUUCUGAAACCUGAAUGUAAAGCAAUAUGAGAUGAAUCUCUCUCAAAGAGGUUAUGGUAGCUGACAAUGCAAGGCUUUUUCUUCCA